AAUAGCGGCAGUCAGUUUAUCUGCUGUUUGACAUAUGGUUCAGUGGAUGUGUGCCCAUGUCAACUGGUAGCUGUCAUUGGUUGCUUGUUAUUGUCAAAAAUUUCUCUUUUGUAGUAAAUAAACCACAUCAGGAUAUCGUCCAUAAAAUUGUUGUUUUGCUAUAAAAGAUAAGACAGUGUUUUGAUCCCACUAAUAAUUGAUUCGGCAAUUUGAAGGGUGGAAUAUUUGGUAAAUACGAUGCGGGUUCAUUUUCGUGAGAAAUAUGGAACAAAAGGCGAAGAAAUCUUAUACGUAACACCAGCAGAUCAAGAAUCAAUAGUCAGAGUGCCACUAACCAGAGUCUCUGUUGACGAAAAGCCGUUGAUUAGUGAGAAUUUCGCUUUGUACAGAAUAUUCAAGAAUUUAUUCUUACCACAAGGGUACCCAGACAGUGUAAGCGAGGAUUACAUUCACUACCAAUUCUGGGAUACAGUUCAGGCCUUUUGCUCGACAAUAAACGGAACACUGUCAACUCAUGCCAUUCUCAAAGGAGUCGGAGUCGGCAGCGAUAUCGUGAAUCCAAUUUCCGCUACAGUUGCAUGGGUGUUGAAAGAUGGUGCAGGACACUUUGGGAAAAUUUUGUUCGCUUGGUGGAAAGGAUCUCAGCUCGAUAUCGAUUCAAAGAAAUGGCGUAUUCGUGCCGAUAUAUUGAACGACGUAGCCAUGGCCAUAGAAAUUUUGGUUUUGCCGCGAUAUGAAAAUUAUACUACGCAUAUUUUUUGCGCCACAACUUCGAUGAAGGCAAUUGUUGGAGUUGCUGGUGGAGCAACGCGUUUCGCGUUGACUCAGCAUCAUGCGAUUCGUGGAAAUUUGGCCGACGUUGCAUCGAAAGACAACUCUCAAGAAACGGCUGUUAAUUUAAUUGCUUCAUUUGUGGGACUGUAUCUUUUAUCGGCGGUUAUUAGUCAUACAGUUCUGCUAUCAAUAUUUUUCUUCAGCAUCGUCAUGCACAUUGUCGCGAACAUUCGAGCUGUGGAAGCGGUGCGUUUGCGUACGUUCAACGAGUCCAGAUAUUUGAUCGCCUUAGAAGAGUACUUCCGAUCGGGGAAAGUUCUAUCCGUCGAAUCGGUCAAUUCGUUGGAGCGAGUAACAAUUGGUCGCAUGGUGUCAGUGUCGUUGCCAAUCCGUGUCGGACUCUCUAUUCAACAUUUAAUUGAACAAAUUCGGUCAACGCCUGAAAUUGAAAACAUCAUAAUGCAGUUUGACAAGACCAACGAGAAAUUUUUGAUUGCCGAGGGCAAAAAAUUCAUUGGCAUUUAUUUGCAUGUUGACGCUCGGCCACAAGACGUUCUCAAGGCAUACUUUUAUGCCAUGUCUCAUCUUCAAGACCGUACAACACUAAGGGAACGCGGCUGGGAGGUUCAAUCCAAGUGGAAUGAAUUCAUUACAAUGGCUCAACGUGAAAAUUGGGCAACACUUGUACAUCUCAUUUGUGUGGAUGAGUAUCGAAUCGAAUGGAAAAUGUAAAUUGAAUCCCGUCAUUCGUUUGGAACGAAUCCAUUUGAUUUGUCUCGCAUGCACUUUUUAUAAGUUAGGUCCCACUUAUGAGAAUUAAAAUCUCAGAAUUUGAAGAGCCAUUCCACUUUUCUCAUGAACAAAUUCAACAACAGCAGCAGCAGCUCUUCAUUGAAAAUGUUGUUUCAAGCCAGUUGCGUGGCACAUUUUUCUUUCGGUAAUAAGGUUUUCACUGGAGCACAGAAAAUUUAGGUCGAUUUUCUAAAGCACAUAACAUAGUAGUCCACUUUUAAUCGCGGUGCAAAUAAAAAAUGCCUCACAAGUUCGAACUGCAUUUGAUUCGAUAUCAAUUCAAUUAAAAAUAAGCUUUUGAAAGCAAUCAAUAGGAACGGUAUGAGUACCUUACAAUUUAAGAUUUUAAUAACUUUCACAUCGAAAGAAAAUUUUGUGAUUUUUACUCUAAACAUCGAUAAGUUUUGAUCAGCCUCGUUCUAAGCACCAUUUUUAUCAGUAAAUCUUAAUGGUGUUUUUUAACAAAUACGGCCAAGCAUAAGAAUAAACUAAUUCUGGGAAAAGUCAAAUAACGUGAUGUAUUUCUUCAAACCAAGUUCAAAGCUACAUCUUGGAGCCAAGCUCAUGACGUUCAGUAAUCUCUACCAGAGACUGUACUAGACUCAAAAACAAGCAGAUAAUAUGUUCAUCGAUAGUGUGGUUGUACAAUAAAAAAGAAUGCUGAAAUUUUCAUGCGACUCUUGGAACUCACUCUGUUUGAUUUUGCCAUUGAAAAAGGAUCUAUUUCAUUUUGAUGCUUGGCGUGACAAAUACGAAAUAAAAUCUCAAGUUUUAACGCUAGUUUUUAUUGAUACACCCAAAAAAGGAUACACACACACAAAAAAUGUUUUCGUUUAAAAUAUGUUCAAAUUGAGGGGUAACAAAUUGCCAGGUCAUUUGUGAAGAAUCAAGCGUAAAAAAACCAAUGACUUUUACCUUUUAGUCUUAUGUAUAUUGUAUAAGAAAUCGAGAUGCAUUCGAUAAUAAUGAAAAAAAAAGAAAACAGAAAUAUCAAUUGAACAGAUCUUUCUGGGUACAUUUCGAAUCAAUGGAAACAAAAAUCGGCUUUAAAGUGUACGUGACACGAGAAAAUUCGAGUAGAAAAGAGAAAUGUUAUCGACCAUUUUCUGUUUUGUCUAUAGAGAAGUAAAUAAAUAAGUCGCUUAUUAGGACAUUCCAAGAUGACAAUUUAUCAAUAAGAUGAGCCAUCCCAUAGAAACUAACUUAAGAAUAUCAUUUCAAAGCAACUCAAUAAAGAGCAAACAAAGAAAUAAAAAAAACGGUACACAACAAAA